GAACUCACACAAUGCGGCAGGCUUGUGAUAGCUACCGAGCCCUUUACCCUGCUGGCAGCUGAGGCCUUUCGAGAUAGAUCUGACAUCAUGCAUCGUCUGCAGUCUAUCCUCUGGCGCGGUGCCCGCUGUAGGCCUCCAGAGAGCUGCGCUAUCAUGCGCUGGCCAUGAUCGUCGCGUAUGCUCGCCACGCCGGGUGCUGUGACUGCGUCAUGUCUCAAACAUCAGGUGCUUGCGGCCUUGUUCAGUGUGUGGGCUGUACCACAGGCUCGGAAUGUUCCUGGUCCCUGCACGGGUCCCUGUAUUGUCGUGUUCUCUGACGGCAUUAUCCGCAAGACGCACGGGUCCGCUGCGCCGAUAGUCAAGGAUUACUUCAUAGCAACAGCGGACAACGCCCAAGAGGUGCAUUUAGACGGUGUCCGCCCAACCUCGAUUCGACGGAGGAGACCUCCAGCUCUUGCCGACUAAUGACGAGGACACUACCAUGUAGCCUGCGCAAUUCUGAAUCCGUUUGAACCCGUCAAGGUCUCAGGAUUAUCUGUCUUGCCGCACAGGUCCUGGGUGAUAGGCGAUGUAUCAUUUCUCCGCAAGCGACGUGGACCGUUCUUAGUAUGGCAGGCUCAGAUACAUUGCUGGACGCUUGUUGCAGAGUUAGAGUACAGGAAAUUAUGGGAAUAUGAGCCAUCGUGCCUUUCGCGUCCG